AUGAGCGCCGCGGCUCGCGCGGAGCCCAGCCCAGGGGCAGACGCAGGCCAGGCGCGGGGGAAGCCGGAGGUGAGAGCCCAGGCCGCGCAGGGGUCAGCCCGGCGGGGAGGGCCCAACGGACGCUCCAGGCGGGCGGCGCCGAGCUGCGCGUCCGGGGCGGGAGGACAGGCUGGCUCCGCGCUCCGUCGCGACUCGGCGUCGCCCAGGGGAUCCGGCGUCUUUCAGGUCCAAGAUGCCUUCCGGGAUAUUUCCAUCUACUUCUCCAAGGAAGAGUGGGCAGAGAUGGGCGAGUGGGAGAAGACCCGCUACCGGAACGUGAAAAGGAACUACUGCGCGCUGGUAGCCAUAGGUCUCAGAGCCCCUCGACCGGCUUUCAUGUGUCACCGAAGGCUGGCAGUCAGAGCCCGGGCGGGUGACACUGAGGACUCCGACGAAGAAUGGACGCCUAGGCAGCAAGUCAAACCUCCUUGGAUGGCCUUCAGAACGGAACACAGCAAACACCAGAAGGGGAUGCCCAGGUUGCCUGUAAAUAAUGAAUCUAGUUUGAAGGAAUCGUCAGGAAUAGCAAAUUUGCUGAACACAGCUGGCCCAGAGGAGGACCAGAAACCAUCGUUCCCUCCUAAAGAAACGAGGACGUCUGGACAGCACUCCACACGAAAACUGGGACUUAGAAGAAAGAAAAUUGAAGUGAAGAUGUACAGCUUUCGAAAAAGAAAGAGUCAGGCAUACAAAGAGUGCAGUGAGCCUCAGGAUGACGACUACCUCUAUUGUGAGAAGUGUCAGAACUUCUUCCUUGACAGCUGUGCUGUUCACGGACCACCCAUAUUUGUAAAGGACAGUGCAGUGGACAAGGGGCAUCCCAAUCGCUCAGUCCUCAGCCUGCCCCCUGGGCUAAGAAUUGGACCAUCGGGCAUCCCUGAGGCUGGGCUUGGAGUAUGGAACGAGGCAUCAGAUCUGCCACUGGGCCUGCACUUUGGUCCCUACGAGGGCCAGAUCACAGAAGAGGAGGAGGCAGCCAACAGCGGGUAUUCCUGGCUGAUCACCAAGGGGAGAAACUGCUAUGAGUAUGUGGAUGGAAAGGAUAGCUCUUGGGCCAACUGGAUGAGGUAUGUGAACUGUGCCCGGAACGACGAGGAGCAGAACCUGGUGGCCUUUCAGUACCACAAGCAGAUAUUCUACCGCACCUGCCAGGUCAUCAAGCCUGGCUGUGAGCUGCUGGUCUGGUAUGGGGACGAAUAUGGCCAGGAGCUGGGGAUCAAGUGGGGCAGCAAGUGGAAGGAAGAGCUCACAGCAGGGAGAGGUAGGCAGCACUAUUGUUCUUUAAAAUGAAAGAAAAGAAGCAUUCUUCAUGAGAAUUUUUGUGGUUCAACUCUAAAUAGAUCAAAUAGCCAAAGCCAGAAAUCCAUCCCUGUCCCUCGUGCUCUCUGGCCUUCUCCAGUCACAAGUUCCUCAGUCAACACAUGGAGCGCGGUCACUCCUCUCAGAUCUUCCCAGGAGCACCUGCAAGAAAUCACCUGCAACCAGCAAAUCCCUGUCAAGGGAAAGAGCAUCAGAAGCUGUCUGAUCCACAGAGCUGGAAUGGCAAAACCGAAGGUCAAGACGUCAAAGAAAAGUCCAAAUUCUCAUCCAAAAGGACAAGGCAGAAGGAGAUCUCAAGGGCUUUUUCCAGCCUUCCCAAAGGACAAGUGGAGACCUCAAGAGAGGGUGAGAGAAUGA